AUGCCGCCUGAAGGAGUCUCGGACGACACUCACACGGAAGAAUCGUCGCGUUCAACGGGCGUAGUGAAUUCAGCUGAACUCGAAGGGACAUUUCGUAUUUUUCUCUUUGAAAAAGGCCACAGUUAUGUGCAGCAAGUGCAUUUGUGCAUAUGUAUGGUAUGUCAGUUGGCCGAAAAGGACAAUUUGAGAAUUCGCGAAAUGCAUGAAAAUUGGGAAUUUGAAAAUGAGCCAUAA